ACAUCUUCAAUUCAUCUGGUUCUUUUCAGAGGGUCAUCAAGUAAUAUAGAAAAUGGGGAGCAUUAAUGAAGAAGGAAAGGCCAUGAAGAAGUAUGAAAGCCAUGGAAAAGCUCAUAUUUCUGGCUCUUGGCAAAGCUUUUCCAAGUCAACUAGUGAUUCAAGAAUCUCUUGUGGAUGGCUACUUCAAGAACACCAACUGCAAUGAUCCUGAACUCAAGCAGAAGCUCACUCGCCUCUGCAAAACAACAACAGUGAAAAAAACAAGAUACGUAGUAAUGAACGAAGAGAUCCUGAAGCAAUACCCAGAGCUCGCCGGCGACGGCGUUCCGACGAUCAAACAGCGCCUCGAGAUAAGCAACAAAGCGGUGACCCAAAUGGCCAUCGACGCCUCCAACGCCUGCAUCCUCAAAUGGGGCCGCCCCACCUCCGCCAUCACCCACUUAGUCUACGUCUCCUCCAGCGAAGCUCGCUUCCCCGGCGGCGACCUCCACCUCGCCCAAGCCCUUUCACUCAGCCCCGACGUCCGCCGCACAUCCCUCUACUUCAUGGGUUGCUCCGGCGGCGUCGCCGGCCUCCGUGCUGCCAAAGAUAUAGCUGAAAACAACCCCGGAAGCCGGGUCUUACUCGCCACUUCAGAAACAACGGUGGUUGGUUACCGGCCACCGAGUCAUGACCGGCCUUAUGACCUCGUCGGCGUGGCAUUAUUUGGGGACGGCGCCGGCGCUGUUAUAGUAGGCUCAGACCCGGUUGUUGGUUUGGAAACACCAUUGUUUGAGUUGCUUGGAACGAGGCAAUGCUUCUUGCCAGGAACGGAGAAGAUGAUUGAUGGGAGGUUGACUGAGAAUGGGAUAAACUUCAAAUUAGGAAGAGAGUUGCCUCAAAUCAUAGAGGAUAAUUUGGAGGAAUUUUGUGAGAAGUUGGUGAGAGGAAUUGAUCAUGAGGAUAAGGUGAAGUAUGAGGAGAUGUUUUGGGCUGUGCAUCCAGGAGGGCCGGCGAUAUUGGAUAAGGUGGAGAAGAGAUUGGGGUUGUCGCCGGAGAAGUUGGCGGCGAGCCGGAGAGCGUUGAGAGAUUAUGGGAAUGCUAGUAGUAACACAAUUGUGUAUGUUUUGGAGUAUAUGGUGGAAGAGAGUAAGAAGAAGAAGAAGAAGGAAGGGGAGUUGGGUUUUAUGUUGGCUUUUGGACCAGGAGUUACUUUUGAAGGAAUACUUGCAAGGAAUUUGGUGGGAUGAUGAUGUGAUGAUUUGGAAAUGGUCUGAAUGAGAGUGGUUAGUAGUUAGUAGAUAUGUAAGGAGUCAAGUGGAGUGUACUGAGGAGAAUAAAUUAAAUUGGAAUUUUUAUAAAAUUAUGUUUGUUUGAGUGAUUUAAAA